AUGGCUUCUGGAGGCGUAGGGGGCGGAAGGUAUUAUUGCCAUUAUUGUCAACGAUCUACAAAUCCCACCUUAACAAAUUCUGUUUUAAAAUGUAACAUAUGCCAUCAAGGAUUCAUUGAAGAGGUAGAAUCGGCGGUACAUAAUACCGAGCUGAACGAGAUCGAAAGUGAUGCAGAACUUGCAUCUCUUACAUUAAUAUCUGAGAUCAAUUCUGCUCUUGGAGGUUUUACAUUUGGAUUUAAUCCUGAUAUCGCAACGUUUAAUUUGAACCCUCCUGAACACGGGACACCAUCAAGAAGGUCUCGAACACGUUUUUUUCCGGACACUAUGUCAGCCCUUAUUGCGCAAUUACUGGCAAACGGCGAUCUUAACAGUAAUGCUCUAAAUUUGACUAUUAUUGUCUCACCAGAUUUUGGUAUUGGCACAAUACCCCCUGCGUCUACGUCGGAUAUUGCUUCUUUACCAAGACGAAAACUCGGACAAGAUGAUCUUAGAACUUACGAAGAAUGUUCAAUAUGCUUAGAAAAGUAUAAAGUCAAUGAUGAAACAAUGUCCCUUCCCUGUCUACACCACUUUCACCAAACGUGUUUAGCAACUUGGCUCUCUCAAAAAGGUUCCUGUCCUAUCUGCCGAAAAGAUAUUCGGGGUGAAGAUACUUAA